UUGCUAAAAUUUCCAUAAUCCCAAUCCAAACGCUUCCCAUAUUACGGAGAGAGAGAGAGAGCGAGUCGAUUAUCUUCGUCGUCUUGUUUUCCUGGAAAAACUUUGAAAAUUUUCUUUGUGGAAGUGCGAAGAAGUGUUUGGAUCUGGGUAGAGAAGACGAAUGUCGGGAAAAGGGGCAAAGGGUCUGUUGACGGGGAAGACCCCAGCGUCAAAGGACAAAGAUAAGGACAAGAAGAAACCCAUCUCUCGUUCUUCUCGCGCUGGUCUUCAGUUCCCUGUUGGACGUAUCCACCGACUCCUGAAAGAGCGAGUCACUGCUCAUGGAAGAGUAGGCGCUACAGCUGCGGUCUACUCUGCUGCCAUUUUAGAGUACCUAACUGCUGAAGUGUUGGAGUUGGCUGGAAACGCCAGCAAGGAUUUGAAGGUGAAACGUAUCACACCUCGGCAUCUGCAGCUGGCUAUACGUGGUGAUGAGGAGCUUGAUACUCUUAUCAAAGGAACAAUAGCUGGCGGUGGUGUGAUCCCACAUAUACACAAGUCACUAAUCAACAAGUCCUCGAAGGAAUAAACUUUUCAUAUCCUUACUCCUGUUCGGGCAAUCAAAAGAUGCUUUUGGUUUAAGGUUUAGGCUUAGGCUUAGGCUGUCUACAUUUACAUGUUUUAUUUGUGGCAUGUCAUGAAUCCAAGAAUGGCUGAUUGAUAUCCAUUCAAAAGAGUUUCUAAGAUAUUCUCGAGAGUAGGAAUCAUUUUCACAUGUAUUUAAUAACUGCACUUGUGCAAAAUGGACAGUGUAGUGUUUGUUUUAUGUGAAUUAUGUUAUUUGCGUCAUUGGCAUA